GGGAAAUCGAUUCAUUUUGAUCAGCAGGGACUGAACUGGAGCUGUGGAAAAACCAUGGCGGCUAAUUGUGCGAGAAGAACCCUACAAUUUUCUUCAGCUUCCGCCAAAACCCUAUUCAACUCUUCACAGUUCGCCUCCAAAGGUUUUAAGCUCAGUGAACUCGCUGGCGCCAAAACCACAUCUACUCCUCGAUUCGCUACUCACAAGCUCAAGUUCUCAAGGCUUCCUGUGGAGUUGGCCGCUGCACAGUCAUUGAUCCCUUUGCAUAGUGCUACUGCUUCUGCCUUGUUCACUUCGCUCCUGUCUUUGCACAAUACCAGCUGGGGGUGCCUAUCAGAAGGUUUUGCAACCCCUUUAUAGCAGGGCUUUCUAGGUACAAGCUAGAUCAUGGAUAGCAGAUUUUGUUUCUUGGCAUGUCUCUGAUUGCCUUCAACUUCAGUGUAACUUAAGAAAGAUAGAUGAUUGUUUCAAUAUUUCUCAAGCUUUUGGUCUGUACUGAUCAUGACCUGAUAUUUUUGCCUGUCCAUCGUCGACAAUUAAAAAAAAAGAAAAAAAAAAAGAGUCCGGGACUCUAUCUCUGGAAUUAGCUUAAUGUUGCUUCGAAGCAAUUGGUCGAGCAAAACCUUUGUUUUAUUCAACAGUUAUCAUCUGCUCCAUCCAACUCCAAUUGUCAAUUUGCUUGGUUUCGUUUUGAACCGCAUGAUGCCUGUAUUAAGUAAGAUAAACAAUGCGCCAUCAUUUGUUAAA